AUGGACGAAUCGCCAAUAGUAUCCGAAGCUUCGCCUAAUACUUGCAGCACACAUACGCAGCCAUCGCCCAGCUCUAUAACCGACAAAGAGCGAAGCACAGCCAGAAACAAUAAGCGAAAGAGAGGGCCGCAAAACUCUCGCAAUCCGACAGAAAAGAAGGAACAGGUCAAGCGGCGAAACCGGGUGGCCGCAUCCAAGUGCCGACAGAAGAAGAGGGAAAAGGUGAAUGAUCUGAAGAAGCAAAGUUCAAGUCUUAAGGUGGAAAACAGCAGCCUCCACAAUGAAUAUGAGCGACUUCGCAAGGAGAUUGGCCAGGUCAAGUCCGAUUUGAUGCACCAUACAGAGUGCAACGACAGUAACAUUAAUCAGUGGAUUUCCAACGAGGCCAAGACUUACGUGGAUAAGCUUGUCCAGAAAGAGGAGCGGCAGCGGAUGGGGAGCCUCAGCAGCUCAAAUGGGACUGUUGAAGAUGUUGAAAAUGCUCAAGCGGGCUUGCCCUUUGGAAUGCCUAGUAUGCCGUCCAGGGGCAAUCGCCUGGGGUAG